AUGGAACGCUAUACCCGAUCCACCGCGCGAAGCUUCACGCCCCGAUCUCUUAUCGCCGGAAUCAUCAUCGGAGCCUUGAUUACGUUCUCGAAUACCUACUUUGGUCUACAGACGGGAUGGAUUAGUACAAUGGCUAUGCCUUCGGCUCUGAUUGGAUUUUCGGUUUUCAAGGUCUUAUCGAAAUACCUGUCGUACCCCUUCACGCCGAUCGAGAACGUCCUUAUCCAGACUGUGGCGGGGGCGGUGGGAACAAUGCCAUUGGGGUGCGGUUUCGUGGGUGUUAUCCCGGCCUUGGAGUUUCUCCUGAAAGAUGGACCCGAUGGUCCUGCUGGAGAUGGUGGUGAGGGAGAGGGCGGUCCUUUGAAACUAGGUUUCGGGAAAUUGGUCCUUUGGAGUCUCGGGGUUUGCCUGUUCGGUGUGGUCUUUGCGGUUCCAUUGAGGAAAGAGGUGAUUGUGAGGGAGAAGUUGAAGUUUCCUAGUGGAACUGCGUCGGCAUUGAUGCUUAGGGUCCUGCAUCGGAGUGGACAGAGCGAUAGGAAGGCAAAGACACGGGCUAGGCAUUCUGCUGAAGUCCAGCGAGAUGAAGAGGAGGAUGAGAUUCUUGCCGCGCCGCAUGAAUCUGAGGAGAGUGGCUCUCUAUUAAGAAAAGACCACGAUGGAGACGAUGGUAAGGAUUGGAGGUCAAAGAUGCGUUUGUUGGUUGGCGCCUUCGCGUUCUCCGGUGUUUACACUCUCUUUUCCUACUUUGUACCUCAAGUCCGUGAUAUUCCAAUUCUUGGUCUCUUCCUUGCUCAGAACUGGCGCUGGACGCUGAACCCAUCCCCGGCAUAUAUUGGACAAGGAAUCAUCAUGGGACCGUCUACUUGCAUGCACAUGCUCUUUGGAGCGGUGCUCGGUUGGGGUAUCCUAUCUCCGCUGGCAAGGUCGCGUGGCUGGGCUACAGGGCCUGUAGGUGAUUGGCAAACAGGGAGCAAAGGAUGGAUCGUGUGGAUCUCUUUGGCCAUCAUGCUUGCUGAUUCCAUUGUCAGCUUGGGAUGGCUGGUGCUGAAGCCUCUGGUGGCACGUGCGCCCCAGAUCAAGGCUAGAAUACUCACCAGUCGCUUUGGACAUUUGUUUGUGAAGCCAGACAAACCUCAGCAUCGUUCUCAUAUCAGUUAUGCUGCACUGAGCCCUAUCACAGAGGUGUCGACCCCUGUGUCUCAUCAGAGUCCUCCAAUCGACCAUCAAGCCGACGGAGAUAUGCCGCCAUCUCAACUUAUCUCCACGCGGACUGUGGUCAUCUUGCUGCCGUUGACGCUCAUCCUGAAUGUAAUCUGCAUGCACUUUGUCUUUGGCGAUGUCAUGUCCCCGAUGCUAUCCAGUCUCGCCACUCUGCUUGCCGUGCUGUUGUCGAUCAUGGGAGUCCGCGCUUUGGGGGAGACAGACCUCAAUCCUGUAUCUGGGAUUAGCAAAUUAACCCAGGUGAUCUUCUCCCUCGCAACACCCACCGGGCAGUUCUCCCGCCGCACUGCGCUAGUAACCAACCUCCUCGCCGGUGCGGUAUCCGAGUCCGGCGCCCUCCAAGCCGGAGACAUGAUGCAAGACCUAAAAACAGGCCACCUCCUCGGCGCAAGCCCCAAGGCACAAUUCUACGGCCAAAUGAUCGGCAGUCUAAUCGGCGCAGUCCUCUCAACCGCCGUGUACAAGAUGUACGUGAGCGUCUACGAGGUCCCAGGCCCGAUGUUCCAAACCCCAACGGCCUACACCUGGGUCAUGACCGCUCGUCUCGUGACAGGCCAGGGCCUACCCCCUAUGGCAUGGCAAGCAUCCAUCCUCGCUGGUAUUGCCUUCAUCGCCAUAACCAUCCUCCGCAUCGUCGGCGCAUCACCCAUCGCAAACAACGGCCAACACGGCUCCAGCGCUCCAUGGCGCGCCUGGAUCCCCGGCGGCAUCGCCGUCGCAGUGGGAAUGUUCAACGAACCCUCCUUCACCCUCGCACGAGCAAUCGGCGGCCUAAUCGCCUGGUGGUGGGCGCGGAAACACGCAAGCACCAACAAAGCCAAAGACCGGGAGUUCGAAUUUGAACCUCCCACGUAUGCUGCUACCACCGGCCGCGAUGUUCCUGGAUCUGGUCAUGGACAUCAUCCGUCGAUGUUGCUUGGACCGCCUCAUAUUGAUGGACGGUCUGCGGAACAGACGGCUGAGGAGGCGGAUGCUGUGUCGUCGACGGUGGUGGUUUUGGCGUCGGGGUUGAUUCUGGGAGAGGGGAUUAUUAGUAUUGUUAAUUUGCUGUUGGCGAGUGGUGGUGUUCCUCAUUUGUAG